AUGUCGUCCAUUGAGCUCAUCAACCCUCAAGCAGAAAGCGUUGGACGGGCUCCUGCUCUUCAGGUCAAUACCAAUACCAAUAGAGCGAUGGCCUUGCCAAUGUCGUCAUCCUACCGCUGCCAGGCCUGUAUUCCCAACUUUCGCAUUGAACAUCGGAUUCUACUAGCUAUUCACAUCGAAUCCGCUCUGGACGGACGUUCAGUAGGAAAUCCGUUGCGCUAUCAACCUCAACCCUCUUCCUUCUCUCAGUGA